CGCCGCGGGGCCGCCAUGCCGGGCCGCCUGCUGCGGGGCCUGUGGCAGCGCUGGCGCCGUUACAAGUACCGCUUCGUACCUUGGAUCGCGCUGAACCUAAACCACAACCCCAGGACCCUCCGAUAUGUUCCCGAGAAAUCCAAAGACAAAGUUAUCUCAGAUGAAGAUGUCCUAGGAACAUUACUGAAAGUUUUCCAGGCUCUGUUCGUAAAUGAUUUCAAUAAACAAUCAGAUAUCUUGACUGUGCUUCCAGAAGCUGUUAAAUCAAAAUAUCAAGACCUACUGUUGGUUCAACAUCCAAGGCUGAAAUUUCUUGAACACAGACAUCAACAGCAAAAUAUGUUUAAACCAGAAGAAAUUCUUUAUAAGACAUUGGGUUUCAGUAUUGCUCGAGCAACUAGCUCAUUGAUUUCCGCCGGGAAAGGUGUCUUCGUUACUAAAGGAUUGGUACCAAAAGGCGCGGUUGUAUCUAUGUAUCCUGGUACAGUAUAUCAGAAGUAUGAGCCAAUCUUUUUCCAGUCCAUUGGAAAUCCAUUUAUUUUUAGAUGCCUGGAUGGAGUACUCAUUGAUGGAAAUGACAAAGGAAUAUCAAAAGUCGUGUAUAGAUCUUGCACUGGGAGGGAUCGACUUGGCCCUUUAAAAAUGAGUGAUAGUACAUGGCUAACGUCAGAAAUUCACAAUCCACUGGCUGUAGGACAGUAUGUCAACAAUUGUUCAAAUGACAGAUCAGCUAAUGUCUGUUAUCAGGAAUUUGACGUGCCUGCAGUUUUCCCUAUAGAACUGAAGCAAUAUCUUCCAAACAUUGCCUACAGCUAUGACAAGCAAAGCCCACUUCGAUGUGUGGUUCUUGUCGCACUCAGGGACAUCAAACAAGGAGAAGAGCUUUUUUCAAACUACUAUACAAUUGUCAGCUAACUCUAUGAAUUAGAAAUUAGGUUUUCUACUCAGCUGUUAAUUUAAGUGUUUUUUGUUAAUUGUUUCUCUGAGUUCCACCUACAGAACAAAUAUUUUGAGACCUAAUUGGAGUGGGAGUUUUUUGUUUUUAUUAAUGUUAUAUUUAUGUUUCAAUUCCAUAAUAAAAGUUAUUUGCUUCGUUACAAUUUCAAAUUUAUAAUGCAAUUUCAAUUUUAAUUGGUUUUCACCUGAAUACACAAAAGCUUAUUAAAUUAAAACCUACUGCCUGAACUUAUAAUUUCAAUGUUUCUUUUUAUUCUUUU